AUGACUAAGGUUCUUCCACAUGAUGCAUUCAACAUGUGCAAGGCAAGAGCAGGUCUCAUGACACUUCAUGAAGCAGUGCAGCAGUUUGAGGAGAAUGAGGAGAAGCAACAUGGGCAGCAGCAUGGAGUGUAUGCCAAGGAGAUCCUUCCCGCCCUCCCUGCACGAGGUGAGACGGCCCAGAGCUACCAUGCCAUUCGUAUUUCCUCACCUCCCCAUCCAGCGCAUGCAGCGUACAGCAAGGCAGAGGAGAAAUUCCAAUGUGCAUCGCCAUCCCUCACCUCCCCAUCCCUCACCUCCCCAUCCCUCACCUCCCCAUCCCUCACCUCCCCAUCCCUCACCUCCCCAUCCCUCACCUCCCCAUCCCUCACCUCCCCAUCCCUCACCUCCCCAUCCCUCACCUCCCCAUCCCUCACCUCCCCAUCCCUCCCCUCCCCAUCCCUCCCCUCCCCAUCCCUCCCCUCCCCAACACCGCAGAAGAUUGUUGGCGUGCGACCCGCAACACCGCUGAGUCGGGGGCGCAGCGACAUCUUGAGAGCCACCAUCUCCGCCUCACCCCAUACCGCCUCCCCCACUCCGCCUCACCCCAUACCGCCUCACCCCAUACCGCCUCACCCCAUACCGCUUCACCCCAUACCGCCUCCCCCAUUCUGCCUCACCCCAUACCGCCUCACCCCAUACCGCCUCACCCCAUUCUACCUCACCCCAUCCCCGCCUCCCCAUCCCUUCCCUCCCCAUCCCUCAACUCCCCAUCCCCACCCCAUCUCCUCCUCACCCCUCCUCCUCCUCACCCCAUUUCUGUCACACCCCAUCUCCUCCACACCCCAUAUCCUCCUCACAUCAUCUCCUCCUCACCCCUCCUCCUCCACACCCAAAGCCCUCCUCCUCCCAUCUCCUCCUCACACCAUCUCCUCCUCACCCCAUUUCCGUCACACCCCAUCUCCUCCACACCCCAUCUCCUCCUCACCCCAUCUCCUCCUCACCCCAUCUCCUCCACACUCCAUCUCCUCCACACUCCAACUCCUCCACACCCCAUCUCCUCCUCACCCCAUCUCCUCCACACCCCAUCUCCUUCUCACCCCAUCUCCUCCUCACCCCAUCUCUUCCACACCCCAUCAGAUGCCUCACCCCAUCUCCUUCUCACCCCAUCUCCUCCUCACCCCAUCUCCUCCUCACCCCAUCUCCUCCUCACCCCAUCUCCUCCACACUCCAUCUCCUCCACACUCCAACUACUCCACACCCCAUCUCCUCCUCACCCCAUCUCCUCCACACCCCAUCUCCUUCUCACCCCAUCUCCUCCUCACCCCAUCUCCUCCACACCCCAUCUCCUUCUCACCCCAUCUCCUCCUCACCCCAUCUCCUCCACACCCCAUCAGAUGCCUCACCCCAUCUCCUUCUCACCCCAUCUCCUCCUCACCCCAUUCCACUCCACCCCUCAAAAUCCCCCCAUUCCGCCCCACCCAUCUCCACCCCACCCCCUCUCCGCCCCACCCCAUCUCUGCCUCCACUUGUGCGUCCAGAAUAGCCCGCCACAGCUGCUGCUGUGGCGAGCGGGUGUGGCUGCAGACGGGGGUCACAAGUGCUGUGCUGUGA